AAUAGCAGCUUCCUGCACCAGGCAGUGUGAGCAGCGGGGGAAGCUGAGGCUGAAACUCCCGACUGAGCUGGAUAGAUGCUGUAAUAAUAACAGCACGGGCCUGCUUCCUUUUACAAGCUUUGAUGUUGGUGGUGAUAUUGAGUGGAUUUCAGUUGCGUGUCACCAACCUAAAUUUCAAAAGCUACCACAUGCGAGACCAUGGAAAGACUGACUUUAAUAAUGGGGAGAAGAGGAGCUAAUAAUGGUACUGAUACUGGCCAAAAUGAAAAUGCUAGAGGAGGAGGCAGAGGGAGAAGACAAGGAGGGGCACAGGGAGACAGGGUGAGGGGAACAGGGGUCAGAAGAAGAGCGCAAAGUCAUGGGCGAAGUCAAGCUGAAAGGGAGGAGACAGAUGGAGGAGGAGGGGAAGGGAUGCGUGGGAGAGGCAGAGGAAGAGGGGGAAGCACACACCAAGGAAGAGAGGGUGAAAGAGGUGGUGGAAGACAGGGAGGAGGAGCCAGACAGAGAGGAGGAGGGAGGGGGAGAGGUGGAAAUGGAGGAGGAGGAGGAGAGAGAGAUGAGCCACGAAGAAUUGGAGAGCAAGGUGCAGCUGAAAGAGAAGGAGAGAGGAGGGGUCCAGCAGAAAUUGGUAAAAUGAGAGGAGGACAUAGUGUGGACAGAAGAGGAGGCAGAGGGGGUGAGAGAAGAGAUGCUGUGGGAGACAGACAGGGGAGGAAUGGAGGGAGAUCAAAUUCUACAGGCAGAGCCGGGGCACCACGGGGUCAUGGGCUGGGCUUUAAAGCAAUGGAAGAACUCUCUGGAAAAGACCCAUCUGUAGUGGCCAUCACCCUGUCCUGUAACCCUGCCCUACGAGAUAUCCUGAGUGGGACAACAAUGAGACCAGACCUUGUGGAACUCCUCUCCCUGGUGCUGAGUAAAGCAUUCAAAUCACGGACAGACCGGGGCACCCUGCAGCACCUGGCUGGCAUCAUAAAAGAUUCAGGGUUCUUCCGCACCAUCCUGCCCCACUAUCUGGUGGGCAUGGAGUCAGAGUUCAACCCCGUCCGCAGGGAACAAUACCCACGACAUCUGGAAAACAUCCUGGCUAUUCUGUCAGAGGUCCUCAGCAUCUUCCCUGCUAGUUCUGUCCAGGCAGUGAGUUUGCUGCUGACACUGCUCCAGGCCUCCAUCAACAGCCUGAGGGCGUCAGGAGUGGACAUCCAGCAUCAAAUGGAGGAGAGUGUGGAGGGUGUUCAGGGUCUGAUCAGACACCUCCAGGAGAGAUCCAGGGAGGGUACCCUGCGCUCAGACAGAGACACUUAUGCCCUCCUACCCAAUAACCCAGGUGAAGAAGAGCAACAAAACUUCAGGACCAUACCCAUCUACCCAACUCCUGAAGAGUUCCACCAGGACCACAGGCCCUUCCUUAGACCCAACCUCACCUCUCAGCGCUAUACAAACACCCACCUCUACCUUGACACACACUUCCGGCUGCUGAGAGAGGACUUUGUACGGCCACUCCGUGAGGGGAUCCAGCAAUUGCUUCGGAACCAAAUGGGAAGGGAAGGAGGAAGUGAUAAGUCAAUGAAGACGAAGCGCUUUGAUGAUAUCAGAGUGUAUUUUGACACAAAACUGAUGGUGCCCAAGUGCACGUCGACUGGACUUGCCUACAUAGUUCAGUUUGACAUUCAGCCACUUAAGUUUGUGCGCUGGCAGAACUCGAAGAGGCUGCUCUAUGGUUCCCUGGUCUGCCUGUCGUGUGAUAAUUUUGAGAGCUUCUUGUUUGCUACAGUGUCAGAUCGAGAUCCCAAUGGCCUGCAGAGGGGACAGGUCCAGAUUACCUUUACUGAAGAAAGCAGAAUCAAGCUGGCCAGUAUUCAGAAAGGGCAAUUGUUCCUGAUGAUUGAGACCACUGCCUACUUUGAGGCAUAUCGGUAUGUUCUAGAGGGCUUACAGGAGCAGGAGGAGGACAGCUUGCCCUUUCAGAGGUACAUCGUGGAGUGCAGCACAGAUGUGCACCCCCCAGCUUAUCUGCAAAGAAGAGAUAUCUAUGACCUGUCAUCCAUUGCUGACCCUAACUACAAGGACAGUGUACGGCCCUUUCACAGCCUGGAAGAAGAGGCCUGGCCGAGAAUGGAGGAGUUGGGGCUAGAUGAGUCUCAGAUGAGAGCUUUCCAGCUGGCCCUCACAAAGGAGCUGACCAUCAUACAGGGACCUCCUGGCACUGGAAAAACCUAUGUUGGCCUUAAGAUUGCUCAGGCUCUGUUGACAAAUCAGGAUCUUUGGAGAGCUAGAUUUGGCACGAUUCCGAUGCUGGUAGUGUGUUACACCAACCAUGCCCUGGAUCAGUUCCUUGAGGGUAUUCAUACAUUUCUGCAAGAGGGCAUAGUGAGAGUAGGAGGCCGCAGCAACAGUGAGAUCCUGAAGCGUUUCAAUCUAAGGGAGUUGACACGCUCACCUGACUUCAGACGUUCAUUGCCGCCUUACCUGCGUUCUGCAUAUAAUGAGAUUUACAGGGAGCUGUGUCAGGAGGAGAGGAGGAUCCAGAGUCAGAGUAUGAGGCUGGAGUGUUCUCUGAAAGGCGUCCUGCGUGAAAGCUUCUUACAGAGGUUCAUUUCAGACAUACACUGGGACAGUCUGCAUCUUCCACCUACACAGGAUGGUUUUGAGACCUGGAGUGAGAAGAAGUCCAGUCUGAUAAUGGAGUGGUUGGGUUUGGGUUCCACCGUCUUCCUGCAGAGGGAGACAGAGAAUGCAAACGGAAAUGAAGAUACAGGAGGAGCAGAAGCAAUGGAGCUGGACGAAGAGGACCUCAUUGAAGUCGCAGAGGAAGCAGAUCUGAUCCAGGCAGAGAGGAUCAUUGAAGACAACAUUGGCCCCAGAGUUGGUAGAGAUGGCAAGAAGAAGGGAGACAACGAUGAGGCUGUCAGAGCGUUAGAAGAACUGAUGCUGGCUAUGAACCUGGAUAAAACUGAAAUACAGGCUGAGCAGAGCGAGGAGGGAUGGGAGAUGCAACGGGACCAGAAGAAAAAGAUGAAGAACAAAAUCAGGAAAGAGCUGGGGAAGAGCUCCGCUAUGACUGAUGCAGAGGAAAGUGCUGUCUUAGAUAUUUGGAUGCUUAGCCUGCCAGAGAGAUGGAGGCUCUAUCGGUUGUGGGUGGCACGCUACAGGGUAGAAGUUUGCACCAGAGUCCUAGAGUCAGAACAGGCCUAUCAGACUGCAGUGGACAGAUUGGCUGAUGUAAAACGCCAAGAGAACCUCUGUGUCCUCAAGGAAGCCACGGUUAUUGGCAUGACAACCACAGGGGCGGCCAAGUUCCGUAAAGUUCUGCAGGACGUGCGUCCACGUCUGGUGAUUGUAGAAGAGGCUGCAGAGGUUCUCGAGGCCCACACCAUCACCACACUGAGUGAAGCAUGCCAACACCUCAUCCUCAUUGGAGACCACCAGCAGCUGCGCCCCAGUGCCACAGUAUAUGAUCUUGCUAAGAACUUCCACCUGGAAAUGUCCAUGUUUGAGAGGCUGGUGAAGAUGGGACUACCUUUUGUCAGACUCAACUACCAGCAUCGCAUGAGGCCUGACAUUGCCCGUCUUCUGACCCCACACAUCUACUCAGAGCUCGAAAACCAUCCCUCUGUGUUGGACUAUGAGAACAUCAAGGGCCUUAAUACCAAUUUAUUCUUUGUGGAGCACAACUACCCUGAAGAAGAGAUCAAAGAUGGGAAAAGCCAUGAGAACCGACAUGAGGCAAUGUUUGUAGUCGCUCUUUGCCGGUAUCUUCUCUUUCAAGACUACAAACCAGAGCAAAUUACUAUCCUGACGACUUAUACCGGCCAGCUCUACUGUCUGCGCAAACUUAUGCCUGCCAGCCAGUUCACAGGUGUCAAAGUGCACGUAGUGGACAAGUACCAGGGAGAAGAGAAUGACAUUGUCUUGUUGUCACUGGUUCGCAGCAACCUGCAGGGUAGUGGCUUUUUAAACAUUCCCAACCGUGUCUGUGUAGCCUUGUCUCGUGCCAAGAAAGGUCUCUACUGUAUUGGCAACAGUACAAUGCUGGGCCAAGUCAAACUGUGGAGCAACAUCUUCUACACCUUGAGGGAAAAGGACCAGGUUGGGAAUGCUCUGACCCUGUGCUGUCAGAAUCAUCCAAAUCGACAGGUAACAGCUUCUCACGCUAAUGAUUUCAAACAAGCCCCUGAGGGGGGCUGCACCCAGCCUUGCAAGUUCCGUUUGGAUUGUGGUCAUGUUUGCUCAAGAGUCUGCCACCCUUAUGACCCUGAGCACAAGGAGUACAAGUGUGGCAAGAAGUGCCAGAAGAUUUUAUGUGAUCUGGGACACAGGUGCACACUUGUGUGCCAUAAAGCAUGCCCAAAGAAAUGUCCCGUGAAGGUUGAGAAGAUCAUACCCCAGUGCCAACACACACAGAUGGUUCCUUGCCACCAGGACCCGAAGACAUUUGUAUGCCAAGAGCCUUGCCAGAAGCUUCUUCACUGUGGACAUCCAUGUGAUUCGUUGUGUGGGGAAACAUGCACCAGUAUGUGCAAGGUGAAGGUCACCAUAAAACUAAGGUGUGGCCAUGACCAGCAAGAUGCUUGUUUUUAUAAAACACAGAAAGAGGAGCCUGAAUGUAGGACCCGGUGUGAACAUCAGCUAAAAUGUGGCCAUGCCUGCUGUGGUACCUGUGGCAAGUGUUAUCAGGGACGGUUCCAUUUCCAAUGUUCACACCAGUGUGAGCGUCUCCUGAUUUGCUCUCACAAGUGCAGGGAGCCUUGCACUCGUGAUUGCCCCCCUUGUCAGAGACCAUGUGAGAAUUGCUGUGUCCACAGCAAUUGUAAGAAGCCAUGUGGACAGCCCUGUGCUCCAUGUAUUGAGCCCUGCACUUGGCAGUGCCCUCACCAAAGCUGCAAUAAGCUCUGCCAUGAGCCAUGCGAUCGUCCGCCAUGCACCGAACCCUGUGACAAGACCCUGGAUUGUGGCCACCCAUGCAUAGGUCUGUGUGGAGACAAAUGUCCAACCAAAUGUCGCAUCUGUAAUUACAAUGAGGUCACAGAGAUUUUCUUUGGCACUGAGGAUGAGCCUGAUGCUCACUUCAUCCAGCUAGAGGACUGUGGACACAUCGUUGAAUACACAGCCAUGGACACAUACAUGGGGAUGGAUGAUAGCCAGCAGGCAAAUGGAGAAGAACAGGUGGUCAUAAAACUGAAGGAAUGUCCGAAGUGUCGAACUCCAAUCCGCAAAAAUCUACGCUAUGGAUCUCAAAUCAACAGCAGUCUGGCUGAAAUCGAGAUCGUAAAGGCAAAGAUAAAUGGAUGUCAGGCAGAUAUUGAAGUACACAAGAAGGCCCUUCAACAUCAGUGGAAGGAAAACCUUCUCACAUAUGAAAUGCAUCAGCAAAAUGAAUAUAUGCGUAUCAAUGACAGACUGGGAAAAAGUUAUCUCACAGCAAAUGAUCUGUGGAUCCUGGAAAACAAGAUGUAUUUCUUAGUAAGAGUUGCAAAGCUACGGAAGAUCCAAAGGGAAAACAUGUCAUUCAGGCAAAGCUCCAGAUUAGAAAAGUGUUUUGAGGAGUUUGUGCGCUGGCUCGGCAACAGCCACCAAAAAUUCACAGAGCAGCAGGUCUUUGAUUUGCAGAGGGAGUUACAGAGACUCACCCUCCUGACUGAACUCAACGCCCGUUGCCAUAUGGCAGACAAGAGAUGUCAAAGUGACAAAUUUCAAUCUGAGGUACAAACAAUAAGAGCGGUUUUGGAAAAGUCUGACCAAUUCACUGAGCAAGAUCAACACAGAGUGAAAGAAGCCAUGAAGGAACUCGUCAAAAAGUUUCCACUCCCAGGCUUGGGGAUCAGUGAGGAGGAGAGAAAGAUGAUUGUCUCGGCUGUGAAAAUGCCGCUCGGACACUGGUACAAAUGUCCUAAUGGCCAUGUCUAUCUUAUAACAGACUGUGGAGGGGCUAUGGAGAGUCGAUGCUGCCCUGAUUGCAAUGCUACUAUUGGUGGGAGCAAUCACAGACUGGCAAGUGGCAACCAAGUUGCCUCUGAGAUGGAUGGGGCACAGCACCCUGCUUGGUCUGAAACCAACAACCUGCUAAACUUUAAUCAAUUUGGCUUCUGAAAGUUGUUUGCUGUUGCUUUCUCAGUCCCAACUGUUAAGAAAACAUCAAAAGUGCAAAGAAAUAACUUCUGUUAUGAAUUGACCCUAUAUAAAUAAAACUGAAUUGAAUAUGAGUGGCAACAGGUCGUGGUUUUACUGUAAAGACCACUUUAAUCAAUGCUGGAGGGAUCUCUACAAAAGUUACUGUGCUCUGUAAUUAAAGGGAGAUAAUGCAGCUGUCUAUUUCAUUUUGCUGCAAUCAAGUCACGUGAGUGAUGAAUGGGGCAGAGCACUCUGCUUAAGACCAUAAUCUCCUUGCAUGAAACUGACUUUUAAAAUCCUUUACUGAAAAUACAGACUUUAGUAGGAAUAGCAAUAAUCUGUGACAAUUUUAUAUCAACAAAUAUUCACUUUGUUACUUUCUGUCAUGCCAUCACUGUAAUGACUUUGCUUUAGACUUUGUGGGUAGUGGUUUUGUUUGUUUUGUGUUUUGUUUUUUUAAAAAAAAAAGCAUUUUCUGCAGAAAUCAUGUUCCAAGAAUCUGUAACAAGUUUUUAAUCAAAUAUGUAACUCUUUCAUACUGUAUGUCCAAGAUUCCUUGUGUAACAGUCCUGUACCUUAACAAUAGGUGGCAGUAGAACACUGUAAAAGAAUACAAAGAAAUUACUUGAUAGUUAUGCUUGCAACUUGCUAAAAUGGAAUAAAAUGUAUCUGAAUCUA